GGGGGAGAGAGAGAGAGAGAGAGAGAGAGAGCGUCGUCUUCUUCUUCUUCUUCACCAUCUUCUCCACGCCACCUUCUCUCUCUACAAUUCCCAUUUUCUCUCUCUAAGGGAGCUCGGUCGAAUUCAAUUCCCUCUCCGUCGAGUCGCUGUCGCUGUCGCCUCGCUCUACCGGCGGCGCCCCCGCGCAAACCCUAGCGGCCGGCUCGCCGCCGCCUCUCCGCCGCCGCCGCCGCUUCGCGAGGUGUCGUGUGGGGAAUUCGUCGACCCCGGGGCUGAUCGAAAUCGUAAGAGUAGAACAAGCUUGGAGUUGCAUCCAGUUGGAAUUUGAAUACGCGGAGUUAGUAUGGUCUAGCGAGGGCUCCGGCUACCGCUAGCUGGCACUUGUUGCGGAUGGCGGAAGACGGCCUGCGGAUCGGUGGGCUUUCUUCUGGUUUGGCAGUGCUGUUGAAUGAGGAGGAUUGGGCUGAUAAUUCGUCGAAAGGCCAUCUAGUCUCUUACCGUGAUGAGAUCCGGAAUCAAUCUGUGGAGCACACUUUGGAGCAGAUAUUCGAUCUUCCGUGCAAGUCACUCGGUCCGCUUUGUCGUCCAGUCGAGAAUGACUCGAUUCAUGCUAUUAUAAGGAGUGAGCUUUCGAAACUUGAUGCAAAUCUGAAAUGGCAGGAUCAUAAUAGUGAUGGCAUAUUGAUAACUGGUUGUGGACGUGGUCCAAACAUCGUUGCUCUCGAUGUUUCCAGCAUUUGUGGUGAAAUUACUACCUUAGUUCCACCAUUCCUUGUUGAGAGCUUGGCAAUGUUCAGCAGCGUGAGGGCUAAUGCCUGUGUGUGGAAAGGAAAAUGGAUGUAUGAAGUUAUUCUGGAAACUUCUGGCAUACAGCAGCUUGGAUGGGCAACUGUAUCCUGCCCUUUUACUGACCAGAAGGGCGUGGGAGAUGCAGAUGAUUCAUAUGCAUUUGAUGGAAGAAGGGUGAAAAAAUGGAAUAAGGAAGCGGAUCCAUAUGGUCAGUUGUGGGUUAUUGGUGAUGUCAUUGGAUGCUGCAUAGAUUUAGAUGAUGAUCAGAUUUUGUUCUUCAGAAAUGGAGUUUCUCUGGGGGCUGCAUUUCAUGGGAUUCGGAAAAUGGGCCCUGGAGCUGGGUAUUAUCCUGCCAUUUCACUAUCUCAAGGCGAACGUUGUGAUAUAAAUUUUGGUGCCCGUCCCUUUAGAUACCCCAUUGAAGGCUAUCUUCCUCUUCAAGCACCACCUUCCACCAAUAUAUUGGCUUCCCGUCUAUUGCAUUACUUCUCAAGGCUUUUGGACAUGUAUCGUAUGGAGCGAGCUGAGUGUUCUUCAGUUGAGAAAUUGAGAAGGCUCAAUAGAUUUGUUCCGUUCGAAGAUCUUUUUGUGCCUGUAUCUCGAGCUAUAUGUAAGGAACUUUUCUCUAAGCUUGAAGCAGAUGAUGGGAGUCUUGAGUACAUUGCCUGUGGACCACUUCUUUCCUUUAUGAUGGACGUGUUCAGGGUGCAAGCCCCUCAUGACAAUUUGAACUUUGAUAGAGUUCUUGAUAUCUUUCUAGAAUUUGAAGCCUCACGUUCGAUUUUUGAGCACAUAAUAUAUGCUCUUUCACGCUGUUGUAAAACAGCAUGUUUGGUCCUAACAGAAUGUCCAUAUUCAGGAUCCUACCCUUACCUUGCCCUGGCCUGUCAUUUUUUUAGGCGAGAAGAAAUAAUGGUGCUUUGGUGGAAAUCUCGGAAUUUUGAACUUCUAUACGAGGGUUUUCUGUCCCGCAAGCCUCCAAAUAGAGAGGAUCUUCAGUGCUUAAUGCCUUCUGUUUGGUGGCCAGGAUCAUGUGAAGAUGUUUCUAGUGAAAAAAGCAUGGUUUUGACAACUACAUUCCUUUGUGACGCUAUAAGUAAGAUUGAGGAAAAGCAUAGGGAGCUCUGUCGACUGGUAAUACAAUUUAUACCUCCUGCAGCACCUCCUCAGUUGCCAGGUUCAGUUUUUAGGACAUUCAUACAGAAUCUUUUAUUAAAGAACAGGGGAGCAGAUCGAGAUGUUCCUCCACCUGGAGUUUCAAGCAAUUCUGUUGUUGUUUCUUUAUACACCGUCAUCCUUCACUUUUUGUCAGAAGGGUUUGCCUUAGGGGAAAUGUUUGGUGGUUCUGACGUCGCUUUUCUUCAUAGAGGGGGACAACAAAGCUUCCCUGUCAGUCUGUUCCUUAAAGAUGAUCCGCAUCGAUAUGACAUUUCGAGGCUUGGAGGGUCCUAUAGUCAUCUGUCAAAAUCUCACCCUGUACAUGAUCAGGAAGCUGAAGUAGUUCAGUGGGAGGAGGGAUGUAUGGAUGGCCAAGAAACUAGAAUAACCCAUUCAACACUCCAAAAACCAUGUUGUUGCUCCAGCUAUGAUGUUGACUAUGGAAGAAUGUCCAAUUGUCCAAAUAGACAUAGAAUCAAAGGUUCUCGUGCCCCUUGUAGUUCUAUUCCAGAAAGAUCUGCUCAUGUUGCUGCUGAGUGCAGUGCGGGAAGUUUAAAUGAUGAAAUAGCUGAAAAGCCUAGCACUAGUGAUCAAACUGAACCAGAAUUUGGUUAUCGGCCAGUUCAGAAUAUCAGGAGUUUACCAAUAGAGUGCAGUAUGUCUUCAGCGACAGUAAGAGAAGAAGAACUUCUGGACGCUUUGUUGCUGCUGUAUCAUAUUGGUCUUGCGCCAAACUUUAAGCAGGCAUCAUAUUACACAUCGCAUCAGUCCCAAUUCAUCUCUCUCUUGGAAGACACUGACAAACAAAUAAGGGAGCAAGCCUAUGGUGAAAAGUUGAAGCGUUUAAAGGAGGUUAGGAAUGGUUAUCGGGAGGAAGUUGCUAACUGUGUUAGACAUUGUGCUUGGUACAGGAUCUCUUUAUUUUCACGAUGGAAGCAAAGAGGCAUGUUUGCUGCCUGCAUGUGGACUGCACAACUGCUUCUAGUUCUUAGCAAAGUGGAUUCUGUGUUUGUAUAUGUUCCCGAGUUUUAUCUUGAAUCUCUUGUUGACUGCUUUCAUGUCUUACGUAAGAGCGAUACACCAUUCGUCCCUCCAGCUAUAUUUAUUAAGCAAGGACUGGCUUCAUUUGUCACUUUCCUUGUCAUGCAUUUCAACGAUCCAAGAAUAUCAAGUGCAGAUCUCAAGGAUCUGCUUCUCCAGUCUAUUUCAGUCUUGGUACAAUACAAGGAAUUCUUGGAUGACUUUGAGAACAAUGAGGCCGUCAUCCAAAACCUACCCACUGCAUUGCUGUCAUCAUUUGACAACAGAUGUUGGAUCCCAGUAACAAACAUUCUUCUAAGGUUAUGCAAGGGCUCUGGUUUUGGUUCUUCAAAGAAUGGAGAAUCAUCAUCAUCAUCAUCAUCAGUUAUUUUCCAGAGAUUGCUGCGAGAAGCUUGUGUCAAUGAUGAAGUCCUAUUCUCGACUUUUCUUAAUCAGCUAUUUAAUACUUUGAGCUGGACAAUGACAGAAUUUUCUGUCUCAAUUCGUGAAGUCAAAGAAAAGUAUCAGGUAUUGGACUUCCAUCAGCGAAAGUGCAGUGUCAUAUUUGAUCUUUCUUGCAACCUUGCAAGGGUUUUGGAGUUCUGCACUCAUGAAGUUCCUCAAGCUUUUCUGGCUGGAGCUGAUACAAAUCUACGAAGGCUGACUGAGUUAAUUGUUUUCAGCUUGAACCAUAUAUCUUCUAGUGCAUAUGCCGAGUUUGAUCUGUCAUUGAAAAAACAUGUUCAAUCUUCAGAGAAAGUGAACCGGGGGAUGCUUUUGGCACCUCUUGUAGGGAUUAUCUUAAAUCUCUUGGAUGCUAGUGGGGAGAAAUCUUGCCGGGAUCAUAACGAUGUAGUGAGUGUGUUUGCGAGUGCAGACUGCUCCAACACAAUUCAUCAUGGAUUCCAAUUUCUUUUGCAGUACAAUUGGGUCGAGUCCUUCCGAAGCAAUGCUUAUGUACCACAGAUAGCACAGCUAGAGAGUUUCGUAAGUCAGCUCAUCUGCCAGUCCGAGUUGAAGGAAGCUGAGGACGCUGGACCCAUGGAAGAGAAGGAUUCUGAUGACAUGUGUUGUAUUUGUUAUGAAUCCGUCGCAAAUGCACGAUUAGUGCCUUGCUGCCACAAAUCUUGCUAUGGCUGCAUAACCAGACAUCUCCUCAAUUGCCAGAGAUGCUUCUUCUGCAAAGCGAGCAUCUCGGAGGUCAUACAGAUUGGAGAGGACGCAUACGAUAAGUAGUAUAGCGACCAUAGCAUCCUCACUUAAUUUAGACAAGGUAGAAAAAAGGAAAAAAAAAUCAGAAAAGGUAUCUUCUUUCUUCUGGGCACAAGAAUAAUAUGUUGUCGUGCAGAUUUGGCUGGCCGAUGACAAUUACAUAGUUGCAGGCUGCCUGGUGUUAAUGCCAGACUUUGCUGAAUCCACUUAGGUAGAGAGGGGAAAGAACUACCUAGGAAAGUUAAUUCAAUUCAAGUAUUUAUACCUGUAUAUGUCAUAUCACAGAAUCGCGAUCGGCACCUGUCAUUUGGUCGAAAUUUUGUAGAGAAAAAUCGCGGGGCGUUUCCUUUUGUAAAUAUCGAGUUGUAAAGGGGGCAAGAAGAAUCUUGCUUCAACUCUUACCCGGAGUUAAAUUCUGGUCUCUCUCAACUCUUUCUGUUCAGAAAGGACUUCUGAGAAGCUUUAGGACAGAGAGAAACGUGGCAAUUGUCUCCAGAUUUGGUCUUUUUUCCUGGAUGGUUUGUAUAUAUUUCCAUUGCAGAAUUGUUUUACAUUGCCCUCUUGGGGUCAAAUAAAAUGCCACGUCUUAUCAUCAGCUA